AUGCCGGGUUUCUGGUAACAAGACGGAUCAAUUCAGCUGCUUUAGGGGGUUACACAGGUGUACAAGAUGAGAGGAUUCUUAUUUGUAUUACUUGUACUUGUCAAAUAUUGCCUCUGCAAAGAUGCGCACAACUUUGAGGGAGACAUCAAGGACUUUGUGGUUGGAAAAAAUAAGUUGUACGUUCUUACUGAGCAUCGACUUCAUCAGAUGAAACAUGAUCUAAUUGAGGAGAAGAGAAAGGACAUCACUAAUGCCACACACCCAAAUACAGUGACCAUUCUGGUGCCCUUUGACGCGAACGGCACUUUGGUUACGUGUGGAACAUCUAAAGGUGGUUAUUGUGAAGUUCUUGAUAUAAAUGAUAUCACAAACAGUAUUUACUGGGAAGGUUUAUCGGUUGGUCCACAGCAGAAUGAGACAUCUGUAGCAUUCAUAGUUGAUUGCCCUCAGGUGAGACCAAAUGGCACUUACCUUUUGGUUGGGAGAAAGGAGUCAAUUACCUUACGAGACACUUUGGAUGCCAAAAAUGGCAUUUUCGCCAAAAUAGGAAAAGAUUCAGACGCCUACAUUGAGAUCACCGUGAAAAAUAUUGAGUUUGUUGACGGAUUCCAAGUAUCUUCGCGCAAACUCUCGUACGUGUUUCUCAACGCAGGGACUGACACCGAGAGGAAAGUUUAUGUGCUCACACUGAAUAACUCUAAAGAAAAAAAGACAGCUAUUAUCAGUGAUUUCAAUGUUGCAACUAUUGAAUGCUGUGUUGAUACAUUUCGUCCAGUUCUUCUCGCCUCCACCGUUAUUCCUUCAGAGAAGGCCGAUAUCUGGGUCGGUGUCUUCAGUGCCCAAAAUGCGCAGGACCCAGAGAACACAGCACUGGCUAUUUACAACAUCAGUCGUGUUGAAGGACAAGUGAAGGGGUUCCGCCCUAACACUGUUAAGAAUAGUCAAUUUCAGAAUGUUAAUAAACUUCCGCUACUUGCUGUGGUUUUCAAGCACGGCUCAAUGACAUCAGUGGCAGCAGAGAAAAAUGGACCCUGGAUUGUGCUGUUCAUAGGAACCAAAGAUGGCCAACUGAUAAAGCUUGUGUUGGAUGAGACAUUCAAAGCAGGCUGUCCAACGGUACUAUACAAAUCUGAUGAUGAACGAGCAGUGUUUCCCAGAAUACACUUUGAUCCAGUAGAUGUCAAACAUGUCUACAUAGCUUUAAAGAACCAGAUCAGAAGAGUGUCUGUGGUUCAGUGUGAUAAAUACAACACUCUGAAAUACUGCAGAAUUUCUCGUGAUCCUCAUUGUGGCUGGUGUGUGAACACAAGCAGAUGUUCUACCAAAGAAGAAUGCUCGAACUCUUCAUGGCUGUCCAUCCCAAAUGACUCCCUUCAGAAAAAGCUCCUUUCUUUUCAUGUGGCAGAGAAAACUUCCAGAGAGAUUGCUCUACAUCUUACCUUGAGUCUGGAGAGCACCGGAAAUCUCAUCUUCUCAUGUGCCUUCACCAACGGGAGUGUAAAUCUGUGUGAUAAGUCUGAUGCUGCUGGAGUUUUCCCCAACUGCUCUUGUAGCUUUUCUGGCCAGCUACUGUUUACCAGAGAUUUAACCGUCUCAGCUGCAGUAACUAUUGGAGAUCAGAAGAUCACAGAGAUGUUGACACUAAGGAACUGCUCCAGUAUCACAAAUAAUUCAGCAAACGCUUCUUAUAUACAGUGUGUGCAGUGCAUCUCUGCUGGGUGUCACUGGUCGUCUUCUCUCCAGCGAUGUGACUGGACACCUGAAUUUGGGCCGCAGUUACAAAUGGAUUUAUGUAAAGAUUUACUUUCUGGGACGGACUAUAAAGAGCCUGAGAUUCUCUCCCUAGAGCCCAACAAAGUUUCUUUCCAUGGCAGAAACAGAGUUUUGGUAAGAGGGAGGAACCUGGAAUCUGUCACCAAAAUCCAUAUUCGAGGGGAUCUGGACUGCAUUCCAAAAGAAGCUCCAGUGUUUGAAUACUUCAAUGACACUCUACAGUUCCACAUUCCUCCUAGUGAAACUAAAGGCACAGUAAAAGUGUGUGCUGUUACUCCUGAUGGCCGUUGUCAUGGUAACAGCAUCGUCACUUACAGUUCCCAGCCCACCUGCACAGGAAUACAUCCCAAAGUCUCCUGGAAAAGUGGAGGACGGAAGAUUCAUGUGCAGGGGGCCAAUAUGGAGUUUGUGGAAUCAUUUAUAAUGGGUCCAUUCAGUAAAGAGCUUUUAACACAACACAACAUAAGCUCUAGGGAUGUGUGGUUUCUCUCACUCCCUCAUGAUCAUAAGGAUGUGGUUAGUUUAUCUAUGAAAGUUGCGAACUUCACUUUGGACUGUGUUGAUAAUUUCACCUACCUUCCUGAUCCAGAGUACACUGAAUUCACCACCUCGCAGGUGUCCGACUACCUUCUGGUGACCAUUCAGAAAAAAGCAGAUAAGUUGAAUUUGAGUGAGAGUGAGGUGAAUGUUACAGGUCUACAGGGUGAUCAGGAGCAUAAGUGUGCUUUGGAGAGGAUUGAGUCCAAUGCGAUACUUUGUAAGAUUAAACAAGAACAUGAAAAAAUCAUCACUGUGGACUCACUCAGAAUACAAAUUGGCCAUUACCCAAUAGAAUUUGAGAUGUCACAAAGUGGUACAAUGUAUUUUUACAUCCUUGGUUCAUUGAUACUGCUCAUCAUUUUGGGCACUGUAGUUGGAGUUGUCGUUCAUCGUAACAGCCAGAUCAAAAUGAAUGAGAGAAUGAACAAGCAACUGGACACGCUGGAGAGUAACAUCAGAAGGGAUAUUCGACAAGGCUUUGUUGAUUUGCAAACAGAAAAAUCAGACCUGAUUGACAACAUUGGAGCAAUACCUUUCCUGGAAUAUAAGCACUUUGCUUCAAAAAUCUUCUUUCCUGAGGCAAGCCCUCUGGCAGCACUAAUGAUCAAAGACAUCAGUCAGGAUUCCGAUCGGGCCUCUGUUGAUGAGAAAUGUCAAGCUUUGUCUGUGCUGGUCAGAGAUAAGCAGUUUCUCAGUUGUUUCGUGCAUGCAUUAGAGGAACAGAAGAACUUCAGCAUUAAAGACAAAUGUGCAGUGGCAUCUUUAUUGACUGUUGCUAUGCAUGGAGACCUGCUUUACCUCACAGAGGUAAUGGAGGACCUUUUGCAGAGUCUGAUGGACCAGUCCAGCAAUGCAAAUCCCAAACUUCUGCUGCGUCGCACAGAGUCAAUUGUGGAGAAGCUCCUCACUAACUGGAUGUCUAUCUGUCUCUAUGGCUACCUCAGGGAAUCAGUAGGACAGCCUCUCUUCCUGCUAGUGUCAGCUCUGACUCAACAGAUCUCUAAAGGACCUGUGGACUUAGUGACAGAGAAAGCUCUGUACACACUUAGUGAAGACUGGCUUCUCUGCCAAGCACAAGACUUUGAGGCCCUGAAACUGCAGGUGUUGUUUGCUGUUGGGACUGAUAGAGAGGUCAGCGAACCCUUAGAGGUCAACGUAUUGACCUGUGACACCGUACACCAGGUCAAGGAGAAAAUCUUACAGACCUUCCAGCGCAAGUUUGGUUUCCCCUACACACAGCAGAUCAGGGACAUUGAAAUCGAAUAUGAGAAGGCAGGACAGUUUUCCAUGUUACAGGAAGUCGAUGGUAGCUCAGAGGUUAGGAGUCAUGUUACCAUGUUAAACACUCUGAGACAUUAUCAGGUGGCAGAUGGAGCAUGUAUUAAAGUUAUCACAAAAAGUGUCCACGCCCCACUCAUGUCACAGACCAUUCUAAAGGAUGAUAAGAACUUCUCUACCAAAUACUUCCAUCUGGAUGAUCCAGACAUUGACAUGACAAAAGAUAGGAAAUUUAAAGAGAUGUACCUCACCAAACUGCUCUCCACCAAGGUGGCAAUCCAUUCUUUUGUGGAGAAUCUUUUCAAGAAUAUCUGGGGAUUGCCCAACAACAGAGGCCCACUGGCUGUCAAGUACUUUUUCGACUUUCUGGAUGCACAAGCAGAAAGAAAGAAAAUCUCAGAUCCAGAUGUCGUUCACAUCUGGAAGACAAACAGCCUACCACUUCGUUUCUGGGUGAACAUCCUGAAGAACCCCAACUUUGUGUUCAGUGACAUGGUUAAGACACCUCACCUAGAUGGCUGUCUGUCUGUCAUUGCUCAGGCCUUCAUGGACUCUUUCUCGCUUGUAGAGCAACACCUGGACAAGCAUUCGCCAACAAAUAAGCUACUCUAUGCCAAAGACAUUCCAAAGUACAAACUGGAAGUGAAGAUGUACUAUAAGAUAAUGAAGGAUACGCCAUCUAUUAGUAACCAAGAGUUCAAGAUGUUUCUUCGGGAAGAGUCAAAGAAACAUAAAAAUGAGUUUAAUGAAUCCGCUGCCCUGCGUGAACUCUACAAAUACAUGGCCCGCUAUUUCAGUGAGAUUUCUCAGAAGCUGGAGCAGACAGAUGCCCCCACCAGUUUGAAAGAGGAAAUGCACAAAGUGAAGGGGCUUUUUGACAACAUGAAGCGAGGUGCUCAGAGCUGAAAUUCUUAUUGUACGCCCAUCUCCACUCUUUCCUGUGUGCCUUUUGAAUUUUGAGGAUUCUCAUUGCAUUUUUUUUUUUUCAAUGCAAGCUGGUCAUGGAACUGGCAAUCUCUCCCUCAUAGAAACUGUCAUCAUUUAAUCAAGAAAACUGAUUCACUGAUGUCUGAUGGACACUGUAGGGACCAAGUUUAUGGUAUGUUGAUGAGUCUCAGCGUUUGAGAGAGGCUUGCCAAUUAGUUUGAAUAUUUGACAACACAGCUAUUUAUACACUAUAUCUCUAACCCAUGACAUGUAAUGCAAUGCAAAAUAUGAUGAUUGAAUAGUUUGCUACAAGCUGACCUCACUCUACUGUAAAUUUCAGUUAGCAAAUAAUUUAUUUUAGAUAAUGGGAGAUAAAAAAUAAAAAAAAGGGAAAAAUGGACUAAAGAAUUACUUUGUUCUUUUAUAGCAAAUGUGUUGGUCACUAAAAAAAUGUGCGUGGAAGAGAUAGUUCCAAAUUGUGAGUUGACCUCCAUGCGGUGUUACUUUGUCGCCAUAUUUUGGUCAAACUAGUGAUGACGUGAAGGCGGUACAAAGCAAUUUAACAGCUUAUUUUAAAAUAAAUUCAAUGAAUGAAUAAAUAUAUAAAUAAAUAAA